AGUUAUAUUGAUUACAUUGUUCACUUUUCAGGAUAAUUAUGACAAAUGGGAAUAUUUAUUUAACACAUAAACGUUUGUAUUUCUUGUGUGACUAACAUUUGAUGAUUACUUUACAUGCCCCAAAGAUGAAUGCAUAGUUUGGCUCAGGACUUACAAGUCUAUAAGUCAAGUAGCAUCUAUUUGUUGGUAACGCUGUUUGUUUCAAAAAGGAUACAGAGAUGUAAAAAAAAAAGCCUUUGAUUCAGUGAGUAUGACAAAACUUGCCAUGCCUCCAGCCACGACUUUAAAUUUCUACCGAAAAAGGCAGACGUUUGCAGCCCUAGCAUCAGAGCGUCCUCAAAGUCUGCAGUCUGUGUAUACUAUUGUUAGGGAAGUUGUCAGCUCUGUAGAAACAAGACUGCUCAAUCUGGAAACCUCAUACUAUGAACCUAACGGGAAGAUGGAAGCGGAAAUCAAGCAGUGGCAAAUUCCUCUUCAACUGCUACUGAGACCUGCCAGACAGUCUGGCCUCCACAGCUUGGGUCAGCUCAACGAGUUAGCUGAACGUCAAUUAGACCCAACGGAUGUUCUGACCAUUGAUGAACAUUCUCUAAAUUUGAUUCAGAGUUUGGUCAACAAAGCCCUAAAAGCGACCCGUGUAGGGUUCUCAGAGUCUAUAUUCUUUGUGGAGAAACUCCUGGAGUACAUGUCAAGGUAUUGUCUGAGUUUCAGUCCACUAGAUGGGGACGCUUACCUGGAGACCGCCACCAAUUAUGAGAAACAGAGACGUGAUCUUGCUAACGCCAUUCGCCGUAAUCUCCAGAAUAUAACACUGAUGGCCGACAAAUUUGAGAAAGAAACUCUUCACGUCCAACAUUUCGACAUAUCUAUGAAGGAGAUGGCAGAACGUCUGCGGAUAGACCACAGUCCCAUAGCAAUCAUGUUCCCAACUGCUUGUCAAAACCUGAGGAACGCAUGCAAAGGGUUGCUGAUGUGGGUGGAAGCAGACAUGACGUAUUCACAGUAUCUUCGUUACGACAUCACAGAGUUAGAAAAGAAAAAAGAAAUGCAAAUGAAAUUCUACCGAGACUCACAGCUUAAAGCCAGUGGUCAGGAGUUUAACGUGAAGUCAUUACAGAAGAUUGUUAGUGAGUGUGAUGAGGAAAUGAAGAAGUUAAAACCAAAAGAAGUGACAUUACAAGAAGAAGAGAAAAAACUGCGCGAAGAAAACAAAGAUGUAUUGGAAGAUCUCACGAUUAAAGAAUACAGAAAAAUGGAAAUGAAAAUAAAUGGACUCCCAGGCGAUAGAGAAAGUCAGGAAAAUUAUGAAAGACUUCAGAGUGAGAUCAUAGAACUAAAAGUAAGAAAACCGGCCAUUGAGAGACGCGUAGCGGAUCUGGAAAAACAGCGAACAUUUAUCCAUGGGAGAGAAUCCUUCAAACUUCAGAAAGAAACUGAACUCAAACUAGGUCUUCAAGAACUGAGACAGUGGCGACGAGUUGCCAGGAAGGCUGAAGUUGAACUGCAAAGAAUUGAGAGCUGUUUGGCUAAACUCAAAGAAAUCCACCUUUUAAAAACCAGCGACGAAACUUUGAAAAAAAUAUUUCACAAUCUGCCAGUUUAUUCCAGAAAUACACGCUCGUGGAAAAAGACAAAAGAUCGUCUGCAGAGAUUAUGUCACCUUGUUGCCCAGAAAGUUGAAGGUGACUGGGUUCGUCUGUACCGCAGCCUGCCCUUUUUCCCGCCACGCGGGGAAGAGACAACCACGGCGGACAUAGGGGAAAUCAUGAGCAGAUUUAUGAGAAACACAGAAGAGCAAGCUAACCAGGCGCUCACCAGGUGGCGGCGCAUGCACAUUCGCGCCAGUAUCGACGACCUGAAGACUGCUCUCACAGCGAUCAAAAGAACUGAUAUAAUAGAGAGAUUUGAACGCCGAACGGCCACGACUAUAUCAAGGGAGAAAACAAUGUCGGCUAAAAUACAAAAAGUGGUGCACUUCCCAAAGCUGCCUCCCUCUAGAAAAAAACAGCACUACCUUCAGUUCUAGGACUUGACGUUUUAGAAACAAAAUAGUCAUACAUAGUGUUAUGCUUAGUGUGAUUCGUGUCGACUGGAUUCAAUAGCGAUAUAAAGCCAGGGGGAUUCAAUGUAUUAUUAAAUUACUUGUCCAUUCAACGGUUGUGGGAAGCUAACAAAUUAGAUUUGAACGUUUGAUAGUGAUUGGCGUGUAGACAGGAUCAUGGGCUUUUAGAAAAAUGGUAGGCUAUAACGUGUCAUAACAGCAGUACACAUAUAGGCAACUACACAAAGCACAUACACACACAAGCAGUUUUUGUGACGUCAGUAAUCAAUACUUAUCAUUUCAUAAUUACCCUGUUACCUAUCUAGAGAAAAUUUGUGUUUAAUAAUUUAUCGUCAGAAUUUCUUGCGCCAAAACGUCACUGUAAUCCAGUAAUUGGCCACGCUGAUCAGGCUCAGUGGGUUGAUUCUUGAAUGUGUGUUAAAACAUGUUUAGAAAUACUAGAGACGUUGUUUCUAAAAUCGCAUUUUCCGUUCUUUUUUUUUUUAGUGCUUUAUACUACUGCGGGAUUCGUCUAAUAUGCAAUAAUACGAUAUAGCACUAACAUUAAGUAACAUGCUAGUCAAUAAACAAUAUACAAAGGUAACGCAAUAAUAAUAAUAAUAAUAAUAAUAAUAAUAAUAAUAAUUUAAGAAAAACUGGGAUAGAAAAACAAAGAAAAUAUGGGAACCUGGGCUUGGAGAUUAAGCGUCUAUGGAAAUUGUCCAAAAUAACAAUAUACCCCAUUGUUAUAUCAACCGAGGGGAUAAUAACAACUGACCUCACAGACACCUUCAAGGCCCUUAACAUUCCUAGGAACAUCUUCGUUGCCUGUCAGAGGGCGGUACUGCUGCAGACCUGCCACAUCACCAGAAAAUUCCUCAGUGGAAACUGUUAAAGGGACUACGAUGAAUUUUGUUUCUCUUUAGCGAAACUCGACCCUGGCAGCGCCAGAGAAUGACUACUCGUUCAUUUCUAACAUAAUAAUAAUAAUAAUAAGGCUUGUCUUCGAGUCCAAUGAUAAAUGAGGAAUGCAGUAACUCACGUGGAUACGCAGCCCCAGCUGCGACCUACAUAUUUUGCCACCUGCAGCGCAGACAUAGCCAUUGUCCGCCUGUGGUUGACUCUUCUUGCAGUAUACAUCUGUCCUGUCAACGUAACUAACCUAAUAAAUGUUUAGGCCUACAACAGUAGUGUUAGUGAUUAUAUUCCCCUCUUCAGCCCCCCCCCCCCGGAAAAAAACACCUCUUUAGAUACAUUAACAAUAUAUUCAUUUGAAAGAUAAUCCAUUUUAUAGCAUGUACAUAUAAAGACUACGUGAACGCUGCUUUUGCCUUGUUACUCAAUAUGUAGACAGUGGCGUAGCUAGGGUGGGGGAGGGGGGGGGGUCCAAAUUUGAAAAUCCCCCCCGGGGCCUCCACUUGAGGGGUCCUACAAAUGAGUGUCCAAAAUUUGUUUUACAUUAAAUAUUACGCCAUUAUCUCAUGUCAUGAUGUCCAAUGUCAAAAUACAGAUGGCCCUAAUGAGGUCAAGCACCCCCCGGGCCCCCAAAUCCUUAGCUACGCCACUGUAUGUAGAUUAUUGUUUACCUGUAAAUGUAAUCAGGCUAAGUUUGUUAUAUAUCAGUCUACAUUAAAUCUAUUAUGACAAUA